AUGGACUCACCAGGUGAUAGCGUCGACGUCGGCGGGUUUGACAAGCCCAUCGUCAAUUUCCGUCCUCAGCUCUGGCGCCAUCUGGACAAAGAUCGCCCUAUCCUCAAUCUUGACCUGUUCUGGCCGAUCAAGUUGGACGAAAUCAACGACGAUGAUGAUGAAGAGGAAGAGAACAGCGACGGCGACUCCAAGGGGGAUUUCCCGUUCAGAGACCUCAAACCUCUACAAACCUUCCACAACCUCCACUACCUUCAGUUGAACGGCAUGAUGAGAUCCUACCAACCGAUCAUCUGGGCUACCUGCUGGGUGAACAAGAACCUCACCAAGCUCCGCCUUGAAAUGGCACUCGAACCUGAAAUGUAUGAAGAAUCCAAGCACAAGUACCUCAAAAUCGAUGAGACAUGGUCCUAUGACGGCUCCGCUGAACGACAAGUCGACAGUGAAUAUCUCGGCUCUCACGGCAAAGGCAUCCUGCACCCAGAAUUCGGCGACGGCGAGUACCUCGACCAGCAAGCCAUGAAGCAGGCCCAGAUCGACGUGGUUGAAACCCUUCCCGUCGAAAAUAUGCGCUACCUCCCCAUCAGCCAUCUCACCCUGAUGAACUUCGCCGUCGACGCUGGCCCGUUCUUCCGCUGGUUCGACCCCAAGAAACUCGUCGAGCUCAACUUCCUCGGCCAAUGCGUCGACACCGGCUUCUACCUGCCCGACGACAUGCGAUCGGUCGUCAAAGUCAGCGGGCCGAAGCCCAAGCCACGCCCACAACCCAUGAUCGCCAGGGUUGUCAAGCCUGGAGAGGUCAAGCUGGUGACCCUCAAGGGAGGCAAGGUGGUUCCAGAUGAAUCCACCGGCGCCAGCAAUGCGGCCGGGAAAGGCGUCAAGACCAAGCUGAGCCAGAUGAUGCGCUUGGGAAAGAAAGACUCCAAGGAGUCGAAGGAGGCGAGCAGGGAGGCUGCGCAGCUAGAGCGCAAUAUGGCCAACAUGGGCCUUUAA